AUGGAGUCAGUAGAAGCCAGCAAUAGGCAUAGCAUCGGCCUACCCUCCAUCAGCCAUCUCGAAUCAGAUAGAGUCAAGCGGGAAGAGAUGGAUUACCAGCGCAAGCAACACGCAGCGGCUUCUACCAUGCCCAGCCCGUUGCAUCCUUACUCUGGCCCGUCGCAUCUGCACAGCAAUCACCAACCCCCACCCGCCACCUCAGCACCCGGCUCGCUUGGAGGCUUGCUGUCCCCCCCCGAUUCACGGCGGACGUCUGGAGAUGAGCAAGAGUCGCAACGGCCUACCGCCCGCCAGUCUUUACCGUCCAUUCAUGAGGCCCUAGGAUCGGAGCAGCCGCUGCCAUAUCCCUCCACCGUUCCUCCGCCCUCUGCCCUGGUGUCUGCACCCCAGCACUAUCCUCCACCCACCACGACCGCUUCCCCUGCAGAUCAACGACCACGACACUUUGCUUCAGAUCUGCAUGCUAGCCAGGGACCGUCGAAUCCUUUUUCACAUCCACGGAGCCCAUUCCUUGGAUCGGGUGCUUCGCAGGCACCGCCGCCACCUCCUGCUGCUCAGCCUCAGAACGACGCUCUGCCACGUCCACCUUUUUCAGAUUCACGACCGCCAUACCCUACCCCUCAACAGAAUCCAAAAUUACCCACGCUCCAUCCCUUGAAGACCGCACAAUCUCCCACACCCAGCACGACUCGACCCAAUAUCUCGUACCCAUCCUAUCCCCCACCAGCUGCCCAUUACGAGAGCGCGGCUCCUCCACCACCCAGCUCUAUGAACCACCACCACCCCUACUCUCAGUAUCCUCCCAAUUACGCGCACUCGGCAACCUCUGCAAGCGCGCCUAAUUCUGCUUAUCCGCCGUCGGCUUCGACAUACUCUGCUCCACCUCGAUACCCACCACCGGCAUGGAGAGACAAUCAUGCAGACAUGACUCACAUGGAGGAGAAGAAGAUCAACCGCUCGAGCUUGGCCCCAUAUGGAGAGUCUGUUAAGCGUCAUCUAGAGAGCUUCGAUCUGGAAGCCUCCCUAAACGAGAUGGCUGAUGGUUCGGGACAUAUUGCCGAGUUCUCCAAGGCAUACCGGCAACGUGCACAUGAGAAUCAGCGAAUUGGCAUGACACCACAGUCGAUGCCGAGGCUGGAAGAGGUGGACGAGAUGCUCAAACAGAGCGAGAGGAUCCAAAUGUCUCUUCAGCGUAUGCGAGACGUGGUCUACAACCACCACCACCAAGCAACCAUUGUCGAACCACCACAGGAUCCCCGUUAUCGUCCAAUGAAUGGUUACGAUCAUGACAGUGCAAGUAAUUACGGUGACGAUGGGAAGGGUAACGGCGGCUUCGCCAACGGUGACAGCAAGACGAGGAAGCGUGGUCGAGCGGCUCCGCCAGGACGAUGUCAUAGCUGCAACCGUGCGGAAACGCCAGAAUGGAGAAGAGGUCCAGAUGGUGCGAGGACACUGUGCAAUGCGUGUGGUCUACACUACGCAAAGCUAACCCGCAAGAUGGGUGGCAAGCAAGCCAUGACCAGUUCGAAUCUGCGACCCAAGUCACUGGACCAAGGAUCACCCGCAAUGUAA